AUGGCGCUCAAGGACGACGAGACUACUCCAGGGGGAGUGUCCUGCUCUCCCGAUGCCGUCCUUGCCGUGCAGGUGGAGUUAGCAGCGAAGGAGCCUGGACGUCGGGAGGUUUCUAGACCCGGCCGCGCCACGCAGGAGUUGCCCGAGCAACGCGCCCCGAGACAGAGAAAGGCUGUUCGUGAUGCAGACUUUACCGACACCUCCUCCGAGGAGGACGAAGGGAUCGGCCAUGCUCUGCCGAUAGAGGAAAUACCGGAAGAGAUCGAGAUCGAAGACGAUGCGUUCGGAUAUGGUUCGAGGUCCUUGAAUCCACGUGACUUCCGACAUGACGUGCGAGCUGACCUGACAAGUAGCCUCAACUCCAGUACAGAUAUGGACAAGGAGUGA